AUGCCACAUCAGAGCUCCGGGACACCACAUGACAACGCCUCUAACAUCCCUCGAAAUGAUGUGCAGGUUUUACCACCAAAUGUGAACACAAAUUUAAAUAAUCCUCGGUAUGUCACUUUUUUUUUAAUUUGA